GGGGCCUCUCUCCGGGGCUCCUGGGAAGGCGGCGCAGGCUCCGGCGCUCGCGCUCCAUGAGCCGUAGCUGAGGCAGCGGCCGGGUGCGUGGCGGGGCGGGAUGCGGCGCGGCGCCCGCCCGUAGCCCGGCUCGGCCCCCGCCUGGGAGCCGCGCAGCGGGGCCGGGGGGCUCCGGCCGGGCCCCAUGGGGAAUACCGUCACCUGCUGCGUGUCGCCGGACGCCAGCCCCAAGCUCAGCCGGGCCCGCGGCGGCGGCGGCGGGGCCGCGCCGGGCCCCGAGCGCCGGGCGGAGGCUUAUCAGGUAGCGGCGGCCGCGGCGGAGGCCGAGCCGGGGGACUCGGAUCCUGGGGGCGGCCCCCACCUGCAGCACAUCAGCGACCGGGAGUUCCCGGAUGAUUUAGCCUUGGAAUCAAAUCCAUCUGACCAUCCCAGAGCAAGCACAAUUUUCCUGAGCAAGUCCCAAACAGAUGUGCGAGAGAAGAGGAAGAGUAACCAUAUCAAUCAUGUUUCUCCAGGGCAACUUACGAAAAAGUAUAGCUCAUGCUCAACCAUAUUUAUAGAUGACAGCACAGUCAGCCAGCCUAAUCUUAGAAGCACAAUAAAAUGUGUGACGUUAGCAAUAUACUACCACAUAAAGAACAGAGAUUCAGUCAGAUCAUUGGAUAUUUUGAUGAAAAAUCGCAUCCUCUCACGCGGGAAAGAAGUUCCAGAUGACUACAGCAAGCAUGACCCUGAUCACAAGCACAUUACCGUUUUGUACCGGACGCUUUUUAGUGCGGCGCAGCUGACGGCUGAAUGUGCAAUAGUGACACUGGUUUACUUGGAAAGACUCUUAACCUAUGCGGAGAUUGACAUCUGUCCUAGUAACUGGAAAAGAAUAGUUCUAGGAGCUAUUCUGCUGGCUUCUAAGGUUUGGGAUGAUCAGGCUGUGUGGAAUGUGGAUUACUGCCAAAUAUUGAAGGACAUUACGGUUGAGGACAUGAAUGAGAUGGAAAGACACUUCUUGGAGCUGCUGCAGUUUAAUAUCAAUGUUCCUGCCAGUGUUUAUGCCAAAUACUACUUUGACCUUCGCUCCUUAGCAGAUGACAACAACUUGAAUUUUCUGCUGGAGCCUCUUAGUAAAGAGAGAGCACAGAAACUGGAGGCUAUCUCCAGGCUCUGUGAGGACAAAUACAAAGACUUGUCCAAAGCUGCUAUGAGACGAUCUUUCAGUGCUGAUAAUUUAGUUGGUAUCCGUCGUUCUAAUGCCAUCCUCUCCUGAGGGGAGAGAAGGGUGCAGCACCGUGAAGCCAGCGUACGUAUGAACCGGAGGAAUACCAUCACUCCAUGCACAUAAGCCAGCAGUGAUGGUGUCUUCCAGUAAGGGAAGGAAGGAUAAAACCAGCCUAGAGACCCCAGGGUCUGAGGAGCAUAGUCCAUUCAAAAGAUGGGACCUUGUCAAAUCAGUGCUCCUCCUUUUAAUGUA